AUGGGGAAGCUAUGGGUUGGUGGGAUCUUUCUCUUCUUCAUUUUUGCAACCACAAACCUCUGUUCCGGUUGCUUAGAACACGACCGGCGAGCUCUUCUUCAAUUCAAAAGCAGCCUUGCAUCAUCAGACUCUACUGCUCGACGACUACCAUCUUGGACCGGAAACAAGUGUUGCCAGUGGAAAGGCGUGAGCUGCGAUAAUGCAACCAGAUAUGUCACCAGGAUUGAUCUCGGAAGUGAUCUUUUAGGUUCUCUAGAGGGAAACGAGUUGAACUCGUCUUUAGCCGAGUUGACUCGCUUGACUUACUUGGACUUGAGUGGGCUCUAUUUCCGUAGCAGCCCGAUUCCCAAGUUCGUCGGGUCGAUGACCCAACUCCGGUUUCUGAAUCUUUCUUCCGCGGGCUUUUCUGGCGACAUUCCUCACGAAAUCGGAAAUCUGUCGAGUUUGCGCGUGCUUGAUCUCAGCGACAUGGAUUUAGUCGUUGAUGAUGUCACAUGGUUGUCGAGUCUUUUGGCACUCGAACAUCUUGAUCUCAGCGGAUUGAGUGUUGGUGAAGUUGGAAAUUUUGACAAGGUACUGUUGUAUAUGGUUCCUUCUUUACGAUCUUUACGUUUGUCAGGAUGUGACCUUUCCAAUUCCCAUUUCAAUCGCACACAUCUCGAUUCCAAUAUUACGCUUUCCACCAUUCAAACACUUGAUCUUAGUAGAAAUUCAUUCCAAGGAAACUUCCCUCUGUUUGUACAAAACCUGACCUCUUUACGAGUUCUUGAUAUCUCAUACAACAGUCUUAAUUCUUCGAUUCCUGUCAUGAACGGAAUUACAGAACUGAACCUUGCCGGAAAUAGAUUUCCGGGUAUUCAAGUAACCGGGGUCUGGAGACUUUGCCGAUUAAAAAGGUUGGAUCUUGCCUUUAGUUCUAUCCGAGGGAGACUCGUUGGGCCAUCAAGUAAUGUAUCGGCAUGCGCCCAGUUUGCUCUGGAGACACUGAUUCUAAACGACAACAAGUUUAGUGGUGAAAUCCCGAGUUCACUAGAAAGGCUUACAGCUUUGAGAGGAUUGUAUCUGGAUUAUAACGAGUUGACGGGGAGUAUCCCAGAAUCUCUAGGAAAGUUAACGAGUUUGCAGGAAUUAGUUCUUUCCGGGAACCAAUUAACAGGUUCCAUUCCUACGUCUUUAGGUAACCUGAUGGGGUUAGGUAGACUAGACUUAUCUUGGAAUCUGUUAAACGGGACAAUUCCAUUCUCCCUGGGACGAUUAUCAAAUUUAGAAAUCUUGUAUCUCAACUCUAAUUCUUUGUCUUCAAUUCAGUUAUCACCAGGAAACCUAAACCUAUCGCAACUCCGGUUUCUUGAUUUAUCAGCAAACUUAUUGCAAGGCUCACUUCCGGAUACCAUUGGACAGCUUUCUAAACUUGAGUUUCUUGAUAUAUCUAACAACUCUUUCUCCGGUGUAGUCACCGAAGCCCAUUUCACAAACACAUCCAUGUUAAAACACUUGGCAGCAACCUCAAACCACCAUUUGAGUUUCAAGAUUUCACCCGAUUGGAACCCUCCAUUCCAAAUACGAAACGUUUUCCUUAGAUCGUGCAAAAUUGAAUCGGGAUUUCCACAAUGGAUUCAAACUCAAAGGAGUCUCGUGAUUCUGGACCUUUCAAAUACUAGCAUGUCAGGACAUCUUCCAGAGUGGCUAUGCGAGCUCCCGAUCAUCUCGAUCCUCGAUCUUUCCCACAAUUUUCUUGAAGGUCCAUUGGCAAAUCUUCCAUCCAACCUUACAACGGAUUCCUCGAGUUCCUUUCCAUUUAUCGAACGGUUCGCUGAUUACAAAACACUGGGAAGAUUUUUGCUUCUUAAGAACAAUCUAUUCAACGGAUCGAUUCCGGAUUCAGUGUGCAAUGUUACGGAUUUAAUUAUCCUCGAUCUUUCUAGAAAUAUAUUAUCGGGGACCAUUCCGGAUUGCUUCGGAAACCUCCAAGAACUGAGUAAUAUGAUAUUAAGUUCCAACCGGCUAUCGGGUGUCAUUCCAAGCUCUCUAGGCAAUCUUGGUUCUUCACUACGAUGGCUACAUCUAAACAACAAUAGCUUCCAUGGCGAACUUCCGGAAACUCUAGCAAAUUUCACAAGUUUGGAUGUGUUGGAUUUGGGCGAAAACCGAUUCUCUGGAAGCAUACCCAAAUGGAUUGGUGAAAAGCUCAAGAAUCUGGUGGUUCUCAGGCUACAUAAGAACAACUUCUCGGGUCAAAUUCCUGUAGAGUUGUGUGAAUGCACCGACCUCCAAAUCAUGGACGUUGGAGAUAAUAAGUUAACCGGAACCAUCCCUCAAUGCUUUCAGAACUUGAAAGGAAUGAUGGGAGGCAACUCCAAUCUUUAUUUUGCAGGUGGGUUCGAGCAGAGUUUGGUUCAGGUAAUGAGAGGGGUCCAAGUCGAUUACACAACCAUAAUGGUAUACGUUAUCAACAUGGACCUUUCGAGCAAUAAUCUGGUUGGGGAAAUACCUGAAAACUUGGUACUUCUUUCUGGAUUGUUGGGUCUUAACUUGUCAAACAAUCAUCUCACGGGUCGGAUUCCUGAUAGAAUCGGUGAUAUGAAUUCGAUAUUCUCUCUCGAUCUUUCUGGAAACAAUCUUUCGGGUACAAUCCCACAAAGUAUAUCAUCAUUGACGUUUCUUAGUCAUCUGAAUUUGUCACACAACAUCUUAUCAGGGAGAAUUCCAACAGGAAGUCAGCUCCAGACGCUCAUUGAUCCAUCCAUUUAUGCUGGCAAUAGCGAGCUUUGUGGCAGUCCACUAUUGGUCAACUGCAAUCGUGAUCAAGUCCCAGAAAAUGGUGGAAAUGCUCAGGAAGAUGAAGGCGGUGAUGAUUCUGAGAAGAUAUGGAUUUACUCUGCAACUAGCGGUUUCACGACAGGGUUUCUGGGAAUUUUGGGGAUUCUGGCGCUUAAGGACAGGUGGAGAGUUGCUUUAUUUAAUUUUCUUGGAGGUUGCAUCGGCAUGAAACUGUGA